CAUAUGACGUCCAGCCGUCGGUGUAGAGUUAGCUCGUCUGCUUCGUGUAACUUCACUAGCUAACAGACGCAGGAUGGAUUUCAACGUGAAGAAGUUAGCCUCCGGGGCCGGGCUGUUCUUCACGCGAGCCGUCCAGUUCACCGAGGAGAAGCUGGGCCAGGCGGAGAAGACGGAGCUUGACGCUCACUUUGAGAACCUGCUGAGCCGAGCCGACUGCACCAAGCUGUGGACGGAGAAGAUCUACCGGCAGACGGAGGCGCUGCUGCAGCCCAACCCGAGUGCCAGGAUUGAAGAGUUCCUCUAUGAGAAGCUGGACAGGAAGGUCCCGUCCAGGAUGACCAACGGAGAGCUGCUGGGUCAGAACAUGCUGGAUGCAGCCAGGGAGUUUGGUCCUGGAACUCCUUAUGGCAGCACGUUGAUCGAGGUGGGCGAGUGCGAGCGGCGGCUCGGAGCAGCGGAGCGCGAGUUCCUCCAGAGCGCCGCCAUCGGCUUCCUCACCCCACUCAGGAACUUCCUGGAGGGAGACUGGAGGACCAUCUCAAAAGAAAGACGUCUUCUGGAGAACCUGCGCCUGGACCUGGACGCCUGUAAAACCCGCCUGAAGAAGGCCAAGCUGGCCGAGGCCAAGGCCGGGUGCGAUGGUGAAAUGGCUCCAGACUUUCAGGAGACCAGACCUCGUAACUACGUGCUGUCGGCCAGCGCCUCUGCGCUGUGGAGUGAGGAAGUGGACAAAGCUGAGCACGAGCUCCGCGUGGCCCAGACCGAGUUCGACCGGCAAACAGAGGUCACACGGCUGCUCCUGGAGGGCAUCAGUAGUACACAUGUGAACCACCUGCGCUGCCUGCAUGAGUUUGUGGAGGCCCAGGCUGCGUACCACAAGCAGUGUCACGUCCACAUGCAGGGCCUGCAGAAGGAGCUGGGAAGGCUUCCCAAUGCGAGCUCCACUCAGUCCCCAUCCCCCGCCCCGCCGGGCUCGGCCCCCGAGGGCCUCGGCAGCCCCGUGGAGACGGACACGCUGAAGAUCGAGGAGGUUCAGGCUCCGGCGACCGGAACCCGCAAGGCCAAAGUCCUCUACGACUACGACGCCGCAGACUCCAGUGAGCUGGCGCUCCUCGCCGAUGAGCUCAUCACCGUCUACACGGUGCCGGGGAUGGACUCUGAUUGGCUGGUUGGAGAGAGAGGGAACCAGAAAGGGAAAGUGCCCGUCACAUACCUGGAGCUCCUCAGCUAAAGAGCACACACACACACACAUGCACACACACAUGCAUGCACACACACACAUGCACACGCACACACACAUGCACACACACAUGCACACACACAUGCAUGCACACACACACACACGUGAUAACUCCUGAAGUCGUUCCACUGGCCCCUCCCUGUUCCUCCAGUGAGACUGACUCCUCCGCAGCGGUCGUCAUGGAGACCUGUUACAUGGAGAGAGGUUCACUUUUAGACGUGUUUUCUUUUCAUAUUUAUGACUUUAUUUAUUGUCCCCCCCGAUGCGUCGGGCAGCCGCCCACACGGUCCGCACACGCGUCGCCAUUAAAGGAAAAGUGUUGUUACCUGGAAGGUGAGGCGAGCGUCGAUGACCUCGUCUCGUGUAUGAAUGAAAACGCAGGAAUCCCCGUCUACUGUCUUCCAAGAACACAUCGUUGCAUUUCUUGUGUGCUGUCUCUUUAAUUCUCCAUUACAUAUGAAACAUUAGCUUCCUGAAGAACAAUAACGAUUAAACAAACAGUCGCCAUCGAUGCUGACAUCUUUGGGAAGCAGAGUUGCCUUAAUCACUGCUCAUGAGGAAUGUUGCUCACAGGGCCCCCCGGUGGAGAGAGGGAGGAACAGUUUACGCGGAAUGGAUUCAUGUCCUUUGUGCCCUUGAGCAACGUGAACUCUCCUAACUGCCUUAAAGCGCCGAGCAUGAGCUCCUCACGGCAUGCACGACUGAACGCCUCUGAACCGUGUGUUGUUGUUGUUGUUGUUGUCCUCCGUCUCAGUGCUGCAUGUGUCGACGAGGUCGUGAUGUGGGAGAGUCCACGCAUCAUAAAUGUACCAGCAUGCACUGCUUCAGUGAGCGUUGUCCCCUGCAGCGACAGGUGGCCUCGUCUAAUAAUUCCUAACGCGUCAUGUGACUCGCUCUCUUCACACUUCUGGGUGACUCUCUCUCUUUUAGUUUCUAUAACUUGUUGUUGUUUACCUCAUCUUGUGUUGUUAUGUGAGUCGUGUGUUGCCUGCUCCUGAAUGAAUGACGUGGUCUAAUAAAAUGUCAGAUUCAUUUGAA